CCCCGCUCCUCUCUAUGGCCCCGCCGCCAUGUUGGCCGUGAGGGGAAGCGGCGGCCCGGACCCCGCUAAAAUGGAGGCGCGGAGCCCUCAGGGGGUGUAGGGGCUCCUUCCCCUCCCCAACCCCCUGCCCGGAGCCCAUGGAGCGGCUGUAGGGUGGUGCUGGAGCAGCUCCUCAGUCCAGGAUGAGCGGGAUCCCUGGAGCCGGCAGUCCCUGCAGGAGCGCCCUGGGCCAAGCCACUCGGGUGGUUCCCAGGCUGCCUCUGCUGCGGAUCCUGCAGGCUGCCGGGGCCCAGGGCGACUCCUUCACGCUCAAAGAGGUGAUGCAUUUCCUGGGCCAGUACAUCAUGGCCCGGCAGCUCUACGACAAGAGGCAGCAGCACCUGGUGCACUGCGGGGGAGAUCAGCUGGGAGAGCUGCUGGGACUGCAGAGCUUCUCUGUCAAGGACCCCAGCCCCGUGUACGAGAUGCUGAAGAGGAACCUGAGCCCUGCUGCCCUCCCAGAUGCUGCACAGACUCUCCCAAAGGAGCAGAGCGUCGCUAAGCCCAGCCCAGACCAGCUGCAGCUCAGCCAGGAGGAAGGAUCUGACUCUGGGAUCCUGGAGGGUGACAGCAAAAGCUCAGCUCCUGCUACCUCAGAGCCCAAAUGUGACACUUGUGAAGACAGUGACUUGAUAGAAAACCUCUCCAAAAGCAAAAAGCCCAAGCUGGACCUGGUUUUUGAGGAAUGGGAUGUGGCUGGGCUGCCGUGGUGGUUUUUAGGGAAUCUCAGAAGCAAUUACAAAUCCAGGAGUAACGGAUCCACGGAUAUUCAGACUAACCAGGACAUUGACACUGCCAUAGUUUCAGACACCACUGAUGACCUGUGGUUCCUCAACGAGUGUCCCCAUGACCAGGGCACUGCUGGGCUCAAGGUGGAAGUGCUGGACUGCGAGGAGGUCGCAGAAGGUGACACCAAGGUGCCUGAGGAUGUGUGCUUGGAUGAGCUGGAGGAUUCCCAGUGCCUGAGUGAUGACACGGACACAGAGGCUGCUUCUGAGGAUUGCUGGCAAUGCUCCAAGUGCAGGAAAUUCAACUCUCCUGGAAAAAGGUACUGCUUCCGCUGCUGGGCCCUGCGCAAGGACUGGUACCGGGACUGCCCCAAACUGCCCCAUUCCCUGUCCCUUUCCAACAUCAAUUCCGUGGAAAACCAGGAGCAGGAUGAAGGGAUGGACGUCCCAGACUGCAGGAGGACGAUCUCAGCCCCGGCUGGCCAACCCAAACACCUUUUCCUGGGAGAAAACAAACCCCGCGUGGAUCCCAGCGGCUCCAUCGAGUCCUUGGAUUUGGCGCGGGAGGGGAAAAAUCGGGAUUUUGCCAAGCUGAAGAAAGAGGAGGAGAUGGAAUCUUUGGAGAGCAUCAAAACCCUGCUGAAUCCCUGCUUCCUGUGCCAGCACAGGCCUCGGGAUGGGAAUAUUGUCCAUGGAAGGACUGCUCACCUGGUGGCCUGCUUCAGGUGUGCCAGGAUGCUGAAGAAGAAGAGGUCGCCAUGUCCCGUGUGCAGGAAGGAGAUCAAGAUGGUCAUCAGGAUCUUCAUGGGGUAGGGAGGCUUUUUGCCCCUAAAGUAACCCCGAAAUCUGGAAUUUUUGCACUCAAACCUCCAUUACGGUGUGUGCAGGAAGGAGAUCAAGAUGGUCAUCAGGAUCUUCAUAAAGUAACCCCAAAAUCUGGAGUUUUGCACUCAAACCUCCAUUACGGUGUGUGCAGGAAGGAGAUCGCGAUGAUCAUCAGGAUCUUCAUAAAAUAAUCCCAAAAAGAUGUGUUUUGCACACAAAUCCCAAUUUCAGUGUGUGCAGGAAGGAGAUCAAGAUUGUCAUCAGGAUCUUCUAACCCUAAAAUAAUCCCAAAAAGAUGUGUUUUGCACUCAAAUCCCAAUUUCAGUGUGUGCAAGGAGAUCAGGAUGGCCAUCGGGAUCUUCAGGGCCUAGCAGGACCUUCUACUACUAGAAUAACCCCAAAAAUAGGUUUUUUUGCACAAAACCCCCAAUUCCAGAGCUCGGUCUGCAGGAUCCAGAUGGUCAUCGGGAUCUUUAUGGGAUAGCAGGACCUUCUGCCCCUAAAAUAACCCGAAAAUUAAGAUUUUUGCACUCAAACCCCAAUUCCAGAGCUCAGCCAGUGAAACCAAAGAGUACCAAGAUUUAAAUCCCACCAAGACUCCUCGACAGGAUCCACUUUUCCAUGGAAAUCACUUCGAGAUCAAAACCCCAGCUUGGAAAUUUUCCCAGUUUCCCAUCUUCAGCCUGAUUUUAUCCCUUGGGAUUCGUUCUCCUGACCAAGAACAGCAGAUUUGGGAAAAAAUGAAACCUUUGGAAUGGGUUUGUUUUUUUUUUCCAUAAAUCUUGACUUGUGCAAUUCCUUUGGAGCUGAGAGAUAAAAACAGAAAUAAAUAUUUAUGAUGGGAGGGCAGGGGAUUUGUUUUGGAGAGAAGAAAAAGAACUUUAUUCCUAAUUUUUUUAUUGUUUAAGGUCGGCAGGGUGAAGAAUUUCUUGCUCGCAGAUGGGAAAUAAAUCCAAGUUUUUAAUCCUCACCUCUCAGGUCACAAAUGAGAUGGAAAAAUAAUAAUAAUGUUAUAUUUUUCUUGC